AUUCAAAACCACCUCUAACCAACCAUCUUUCAAUUGUUGCUAAAGAGGCAAAGAUUCGAGAAAAUCAAUUCAUCAAAACCAUCUGGACUGGCUGGACUGGGACUGGCUGGGCACUCAAAUCGCCUAAGAAAAGAAUAUACGGAGUACAUACUGUGAUGGGUGGGAACAUACCUAGUCGCUACCUAUCCUACCUACCUAUGUACAGUACAAAUACAUGGAUGGAUAGAAAGGCUCGACAGGACAGGAAACGACUUACUAGGUAAGUUUAUUUAUUUUUUGGGUCGAAGCGCCCCCCUCCUAUCAAUUCGUCAUAAGUCGGCGGGAAGCAAAGCAAGCAAGCAAGUAUAAGCAAGUAAGCAAGCAAGUUAAAAUUUGACUAUCCACUCACUGGAACUCCUCCUCCUCCUCUUGAUUACUCAAGUAUCAAUUUACGACUAGGUACUUGAUAUUAGUACUAUUUUACUACUAUUUUACUACGAUACGAUACUAUUGAUACUGUUACUACUAUUACUGCCACCACCACCUCAACUCCCAUUUCCAUCUCCACCUCCACCUCCACCUCCUCCACCACCUGUAAAUAAAAUACUCAAGACCUUUUUGGAAAAUAUUACCCAGCACCGGCCUGCUAGCUAGGUACAUAUAUGGGAAACAGUUUACAUCUGCCCGCCUGUCUAUCUACCUGCCUGUCUACUAUCUACCUACCUAUCUACCUAACUAUCUAUCUAUCUAUUACUAGUUAUCUAUACCUAUACCUACCUAUCACUGCUACAACAACAACUACUCCUACUACAUCUAUUCCUACACCUCUUCAAUCGAUUCCAUUAACUUCUUCACCUCCUACUACUUUCUCCUUCCUCCUACCUCCUCCCUCCUCCCUCUGACCUCUGACCUCUGACCUACCACCCACCUCCACUUCCAAAUCCACUCAUAAACAACUCCACCAACCAGACUAAAUACCACUACCAAUACCAAUACCCUUUGACUAUCUAUCAUCCACACCCCUUCUCCCUCCGAAUCCUUUCCCUUUCUCCAUCAACAAAACCGGUCAAUCAAUCAAUCAAUCACUCACUCGCUCAAUCCACUGCAAAACAAUUCACCAAUACACUACUACCCUCCAAAUUCCACCCCAAUUUCACACUAACCCACCAUCUAACCACCACCACCAACCCACAACCGAAUAAUGAACGGCGAUCGGAUAAAGGCGUCUGCAAUUGCUAAAGCGAAAGAAUCGAUAACUAAAAAUUCAAAUGCGCAUGCUAUGAAAAAAAGAAAGAAAGACUCAUUGAAGCCAAUCAUCACAACCGAGCAAGACUCUGAAUCUUCCAAAAUGGCUUCUGCUCAAGCCCGUGCAGGGUGCAGCGCCUCAAAAUAUAAACCACCCUCCCCUCCAACAAGGUCGCGCAAAAAUGCUGCUGCACUCUACUUAGUUUCAUUCACGAUGAUGAGUUCAAUGCUUCAAAACUUGCUGACUAGAAUCGAUGAUGGAAAUAGAUCCGCUUCGGGAACAAAUCGCGAUCCGUCAUCCUCUUCCUCGAGAGAAGACGCUGCAGAAACGACGGCAGACGAAGAAGACUCUGAAGAUUACUGCAAAGGAGGUUAUCACCCCGUACAAGUCGGUGAAAACUUCAAAGAUGGCAAAUACACCGUGGUUCGAAAGUUAGGAUGGGGUCAUUUCUCAACAGUAUGGCUUUCCAAAGACAACGUCACUCAGAAACAUGUUGCUUUGAAGGUUGUACGAUCUGCAGCGCAUUACACGGAAACGGCCAUAGACGAAAUCAAAUUACUCAAUAAAAUCGUGGGUGCUAAGCCUGAUCAUCCAGGUCGAAAGCAUGUGGUUAGUUUGUUGGACUCGUUUGAACACAAGGGUCCAAAUGGCACACAUGUCUGCAUGGUCUUCGAGGUUCUGGGAGAGAAUCUGUUGGGGUUGAUCAAAAGAUGGAACCACCGCGGAAUUCCCAUGCCUCUGGUUAAACAAAUUACAAAACAGGUUCUGUUGGGUCUGGAUUAUCUACAUAGGGAGUGCGGCAUUAUACAUACAGAUUUGAAGCCCGAGAACGUCCUGAUAGAAAUCGGAGAUGUGGAACAGAUUGUGAAAACAUUCGUCAAGGAGGAUACGAGUAAGGACAAGGAAGAUAAUAGAAAUGGCCGAAGGAGACGGCGAACUCUCAUUACUGGAAGUCAACCUUUACCAAGUCCGUUGAAUGCCAGCUUCAACCACGCAGAUUUGAUGAGGUUUCCUGGCAGUAAUCCAGGUUCCCAUGGAAGUAUAAAUGAAAUGCUCAAUAAUAGUCGUUCGAACAAUUCUUCACCUCAAAAAGAAAAGGCAGACGAGGAGAAUCACGGGACAAGAGAAAAGACUGCCGAUAUCCUCACAGAUAAGGUCUCGGGCAUAUCACUCGACAAAAAUUCGGGCGAAAAGAAGAAGGCAGAGGAUGCAAACCAAUUCGAUAUCAUAUCAGUCAAAAUUGCCGAUUUGGGAAAUGCUUGCUGGACUGGACAUCACUUCACAAAUGAUAUUCAAACGAGGCAAUAUCGAUCACCGGAAGUUAUACUGGGCUCCAAAUGGGGUGCUUCUACAGAUGUUUGGAGUAUGGCUGCUAUGGUCUUCGAACUUAUCACUGGUGAUUAUCUUUUCGAUCCUCAAUCCGGGACCAAAUAUGGCAAAGAUGACGAUCACAUUGCUCAAAUAAUCGAACUCCUUGGACCCUUCCCCAAAUCCCUUUGUUUAUCUGGCAAAUGGUCACAAGAAAUAUUUAACCGAAAGGGCGAACUGCGAAAUAUCCACCGAUUACGACAUUGGGCCUUGCCGGAUGUCUUGAAAGAAAAGUACCAUUUUAAAGAAGAUGAAGCGAAGAGAAUUGCGGAAUUCUUAACUCCCAUGUUGGAGUUGACACCGGAGAAGAGGGCAAAUGCUGGAGGAAUGGCAGGUGCACCGUGGUUGGAAGAUACAGCCGGUAUGAAAGGGGUGAAGAUUGAAGGCUUGGAAGUAGGGAGCAAGGGUGAAGGAAUUGAGGGGUGGGCAUAUGAAGUCAGGAAGAGAUAAGAACUCGCGAGGUUCGAGAAUGAUAGAGUGUAGGAAUUCCUUUCUCAUGAAACUCAGGCGCAGAUGAUUGGGGUG